AUGCGUUGGACAAAAUCCAUGAACGAAAACGCAUUGCGGGCGUACUAUAGGGCGAAAGGGGAAGAAACUGUGGGAAUAGCGUAUAGGUCUCGGAUGCAUUGCUUUUUUGCUGAGCUGGAGCCGUCUAUCCCCGUCACGGAACAAAACCUGGCAGACCGAGUUCGGUACAUCAUGCGCUCGAAAAUAUUUGAUGAUGCCGAACUCGAACGACUACGACGUGAGGCUAUUCCGUCGUCGAAUGAAUCGGCUAUGGCUGGAGAUGCAGCUCCACAUUCGACAGACCAGCAUCCACACGUGGAAGCCGCCAUGGAUCUUCCAGUUGUGGUUGAUUCGAACGACGAUGAAAUAGUCUCCCACGAACUAGAGCAAAUGAGGAGUAUAUUGGAAGAGGCGAUUUUGGAAACGCGCAGCACCCCUCUCGAAAAUCGACCGCGACUUCCCCCGCAUACCCUUAAGCAAGCGAAAUCGGGCUGUCGUGAGGGCUCUUAA